AUGCUUUUGUCACGUCCUCUGGGUUCCGUGCAGCCGUUUUUACCGCGACUUUCGCUAGCGCCGAGAGAAGUAGAAACACCGCAAAGCUUGAUCUCCGUAACAUCUGCAGCUUGGAAACCACUACUAUGCCUGAUCGAUUUGUACAAUUCAGCGGAGAGGUUUGAGGUACUUUUUUUUACACACACUGGUGAUUCGCCUAAGCAAUUCUGAGAGGUUAAGCGAGACUAAGAGCUGAGGUUCAAUAAACUUUUUGAUAUACCAUGAACGAAGAUACCUUUACUUUCCCAACACGAAGAACAACGCUCCUAAAGAAAAAGGUUCCCCGUCUUUUGCCUGGUGAGCUUGGUGGUUUGCGGUUAACCAAAGAGGGUGUAGUUUUGGAAUCCGUCAAGUCCCAAGCGGUUGAAAGCGGCUGGCGUCUUGUGUCUUCCCGUUCUUUCCCAUUUGAGCGCAUUGUACAAUUGAACAAGGCGUUCGAAAAAGACUGUCCAGACGCUUUUUACCGUCUGAAAUUUCAGAUUGAGGGCUACUUUGUCGAACUAGAGCAUGCGGGCAGUGAAAAUCGCCUGCCAGAUUUGAAUGCGUUUUUGGAUUCUGCGACAUCUACAUCUGAUGCGACUCAGAGUGAACAAGCUAGGGAUUUUUUCCGGAGAUUCGUGGAUGACGAAGGCUGCGUCUUUGAUAGUGAGAUACGGU